AUGGGGCUCAGAAGAAGUCGGUCUCUGUCUUGUGCCUUAAUCGGCUCGGCUUCCAUUAAUCCAGAUCCAACUCCGGUAAGUUUCUAAUUUGUGGAUUAAGAUCGAAAAAUCUAAUUAUAAUUUUAAAAUUUGACUAAAAACAAUACAAAAAUUAUCCUCUUACCAUACCACAUGUUCCCAGGCAUAUGGUCGUGACUUCCUGAAGAUAAUUGGCAGCGACAUGUUUCAUUUACCAGUAAAUUUGUGCACUUUCAGCUGACUCGCACCCAUUCAAUCCCCCAACUCCCAAAUUACCGUCCUUUCUGGGCCAAUUACCAUUCCUAUUGGAACAAACAGUAUCCCCGGGGUGCUUACAGUGACUACAGACCCAAUCCUCAGACCAGCUACUAUGGAGUUGAGAAUCACACUCAAUGGUUCACUCCCAGACCUUACUAUACCGUCAAUACGGACACCUUCCUUGCUGCUAUUCGACGGACCAACCCUUAUAGAAACUAUGUGUAAGUCGGUAUUGUAAUACAAGAUAUGAAUCAUUUACAAUGAUGCACAUUGAUCUAAUCUUUUUAGUCAUCACACAAGUUAUCGCGAUGUAAAUUACACUCCUUUGAUCAGUAAGAGUUACUAUUCGGAGCCUAGAAGUUACUAUUGGCCAGCCAGAUCUUACAAUUACGAUUGUAAGUCAUUUAAUUCCAUUUUUUUCGAUACAAAUAUGCCUAAUUUUACUGUAAUUUUUAGAUGUGUACUACUGA